AUGUCUACAACAAGUAUUAAAAAUUAUUUAAGCAUUUUACUUUGUAUUGAUAAAGAUAAAUCAUAUGAAAAAAUUAUUAUAGAAGGAAAGGUAUAUUACAUUAUAUAUUACAAAGACCUUAAUAAUGAAAGAAUAGAAUACAGAAUUACACCUGUGGAUCUUAUAUGUGAUUUAAUUAAAUACAAUGAUAAACUAAUGAGACCAAGUUCAUUUAGAUCUGAAGGUAAUAAUCUUUAUAUAGAUUGUAGAAAAUACGAAAUAUAUAAAGAUAUUGUAAGUAAUGAUAGUUUAUUACUUAAUAAGUACAAGGCAUUUCAAAGAUCUUACUUUAAGAAAAAUUCCAAUAAGAAAAAAUUGAAUUUUGAUAAUAAAAGUAUACAAAGUGAUGGUAGUUGUAUUUUUAGUGAAAGUUUUCCAUCAGAUAAAUUAAGUGAGAGCGACUGUGAUCAAUCGGUAAUAUUACAACCCCUACUCGCAAAUUUAAGUAAUUCAUACAAAAACAUAUCUAAAGGAUAUGAACAAAUGUCUAAAACGAAAUUUAGUGAGAUUGAAUUAAAAGAUCAUUUAAGUUUUAUAUUUAUGAUGAUUUAUCAGUUUAUUAUGAUCUUGUUAUUUACAUGUGGAGUCUUGCUUUUUAGGAUAAUUGAAAUCAUUGACGGGUUUAUUACUAAAGAGGAAAUAAAAAAAGAACUCAUAACUAAUUCCAAUGAGAGUAAUAAGGUUGAUUUUAAUGAGAGUAAUAAGGUUGUUUCUAAUGAGAGUAAGAAGGUAGAUUCUAAUGAGAGUAAUAAGGUAGAUUCUAAUGAGAGUAAUAAGGUAGAUUCUAAUGAAAGUAAUAAGGUUGAUUCUAAUGAGAGUAAGAAGGUAGAUUCUAAUGAGAGUAAUAAGGUAGACUCUAAUGAGAAUAAAAAGGUAGAUUCUAAUGAAAGUAAUGUAGAAGAAAACUCUUUAAAGCCUAAUAACACAUCAAGUACUAACAAAUCACCUCAUGUUUCUAGUAAAGAAAUUAAAAAACCUGUUAUAAUUGAUAAUCAUGAUUUGCUUCUUAAUAAAACUAAUGAUAUGGUAAAUCCUCAAUAA